CAUGGGAGUAUGAAAUUUCUUGUAAAGUUUCUUAAUAUAUUCCAUGUAUUUGUUUUGUGAUCGAUUAUUUAUAACUGAAAUGCAUAUGGUUUGGUGGAUGAAGUUCAUGUAAAGAAUGGACCGAAUGGACUGUGAUAAGGGUAUUGACCUGUGUGCUUCUGAGGCAGAAACAGUUUCCCAUGCCACGGAGAUUUGCGAGGAUAUAAAAACUGGUACCUUACCAUUUCCCAUGGAAGAAGAUUCCCACUCCAAAACAUCAAUUCAGAACAUAAUGCUAGAUCACUUGGCGAACAGCAAAGUAGCAUAUUUUAAAAGCCAGCAAGUAGGGGAACCUGAAUUGAGUUGUGAACAAAAGCGACAGAUUGCCAAAGAUAUUUUGAUACGUAACCCAGGGCAGUUCCUUUCAAGAUUUGGAAAAUUUUUACAGGCACAGCAUCUUGAUUAUUUUACCGAAUCAGAUAAUUAUGAAGUUACUUUUCAUUUGAAACAGUUACGACGGUUUCACUGCAAAAGCACAAAUGAGAUAGAUGUCAAAAAUCGGCGCUUUGAAGCAUUAAAAAAGUUGGUGAAAGAGGGAAUUUACUUUAGUGAGAAGGAGAUGAAGCAGAGGAACCCACUCUUGUAUCAGCAGUUGGUUGGGCAGUAUCUCACAGAAACAGAAGUUGAAGACAGAAGGAAUGCAGACAUGAAAGAUAUCAAUUCUUGGGUGAAUCUGCUGUUGGCACAGAUUGAAAGAGACCAGAUGCUGUGCUUGAGAAAACAGCAGGAGGAUGACGAGGAUGGCGCAGUGGAAGAGAUGGACACAAGUGAUGAAGAGGAAGCAGAGGAUGAUGAUUAUGAAGAUGAAAAUAGUGAAAGUGAACACAGAACUGAAAGUGGAUCUUGCGAUGAUCAAGAGAAUCAUGAUGAAGGAAGUGGAAGUUGUUCAUCUUCGACUAGGAAAAGAAAAUACGUAUAUAUGUCAGGAAAAGAGAAGGAUUUGCUGAGAGAAGAAUUUGUUAGUAACAUGUAUCGCAGUUUUUUGGAAGGAAGGGAUGAAGAAUUUGACUACAGUCAGGUAGACUUGAAUCCAGAAUAUGAGUGCCUGGCACUGAGAUCACAAGAUGAAGAAGAGAAGUAUUUUGAUUCUGAAACCCCUGAGCUUGUUGCCAUUGAACAGGAAUCUGAUGAAGAAGAAGAUGAAUUAGAUGUAUAUAUGAAGAACUUGAAACCUGAUUCCACUCCUAGCGAUUUAGCAGAAAAUUUCAGUAUCAUGCUGUAGAUGUUUAUAUUACAGUGUAAUAUGUAUUUCCUCUGUUUUUCCUGCUUCCUACUCCACUUUUUAAGCUCUAAACAACAACAAAGUCAGCAAUUCAAAGGUAAUACAAGAAGAUCCUUAGACCUUAAACUCUAAAAUCUGUUGUAUAGUACUGUGAACUACAAAAUAUAUAAUAGCCCAGUAGCUUAAGGGUAUAAUUUAACUGACAGGUUCAGUAAUACUAAUACUGAAAUCACCCGGUGAUCUUAAUCCUGAAUGUUUUGUUGUUGCAUCACAUUCUUACAACCCAUUUUAAGAUUAUUCAAUAUUAUCCUCACAUCUCCUUUGGCUGUUAUGUUUAUUCCUUGCAGAAUUCUGUACACACCUCAUUUGCUGAUCUGGCUGUUGUCCAGCUCAUUGCAAUUUCUUUGUCUUUUUGAGUACAUAAACAAACCUAUAUUUGUGACAUGUAAAUCCAUUGCUAGAUAACUGCUUGUUGAAACAUGUCUCCGAGGUUAUGACAGAGACAUGGAUUCCUGGGCAACAGGUACAGAAAAGUUUCCAUUACAACCACUAAGUAAAGAGUGUUCACACAGCAAUGAAAGACACAAGACACAUUUUGAUGACAACUGCAAAAACAAAGUGUAUGGUUGCAGGAGUGUUCCAUAUCUAGUUGGUGUAAACUACCUUAGGUCAAGAGAAUUGACCAGAGAGGGAAUACAGAA